AUGAAUAACCGUGCCAGCUGGGAUGAGGGCACGACAAAAACUUUGCUGGACUUGUGCAUUGAACAGAAGAACCAGCUCAACUGGAGCGACAGAUACCUCACUAAGUUGGGAUGGAGGAAUGUAUACUCCAGCUUCAGGGCACAAACUGGGUUGCAAUUGGGCAGCAAGCAGCUGCAGAACAAGCUCAACAACUUGAGGAGGCAAUUCCUCGGCUGGCGGGCCUUGCAAAACAAAUCUGGUUUAGGGUGCUACACACAAACUGGUGGUGUGUCUGCUGAUGCCACGUAUUGGGAGCAGGACCAACAGGACACCCAGGCGAGGUCCCAGUCGAGUUAUGUGAAGCCUCCACCUUUCCUCAACGAGUUAUUUGAGUUGUUUGGCCACGAACCCCAAGACAGGGGCACCUUGCUGACGGCCGGAGGUAUUCAUGAGGCGACACCUAGCAUGGGGACUGAGGGCAAUGCAGUGGACUUGGAGCAGAACCCCCCCUGCUAG